AUGGAUAAAAACUUGAAAUUUCAUAUGGUUGAUUCAGACAGUAUAGAAUUAUUCAAUUCAUUAUCACCAACCAAAAGUAGAUCAACUGAAAAGAAUAAACUUAAAAAUAGUACAUUUGGAAAAGAUCACAAUUCAAUAGAUCAACUGAUUACAAGUAGUAACGCUAGUAGUGGAUACUGGGAAGAUUGUGAUUCACUUGUUACAAGUGAAUAUGAUGUUUUUGGAUUGAAUUGGAUAACUUGUCAUCAAAACGCCAGAAUAAAAUGCAACAAAUUGAAACAUCGACCACUACCAGAUGCGACUAAUCAUUCAUCACUAGUUAGAACUCGAAGUUUCCAUGUAAAACCAAACGAUUACAUCAAUAAAAAUUCAUAUGAACAGUAUACAAGAGAUCAUUAUUCAGAUUCAAUUCUCAAUACUUACUGUGAAGAUAUACAACAUACAACAAACUCUCAAAAUAAAGCAGCUAAUAAUAUACGUCAGUCGUCGUUAGUAGAUAAUAAUCAUCUAUGUAUACCAAAUGAUUCACUGAGUGGAUUGAUUCGAUUGAAUCAGAUUUUUUAUUUUGUCAAAACAGUUGUUCAUCUGUAA